AUGACCGAGAAACACGAUUCAAUCAAGGACCCACUUGGAGACGCAGGAUACAUCUCUGCAAACUACGAAAUGAGGAACAAUGUGAAGCCAUCGUUUUGGGGUCAGAGGACCACGAUGGAGAAACGAUUGAUGCUGGGAGUGGGAGUGAUGGCCAUUCUGGCGAUCGCUUUCUUCGCGGCGUUUAUCGCGACCCUCCUGGUCCGAUCCUCUACUGACAUCAACGACAUACCCCAGACUAGUGAACUGAGAAUUUCUUCGUCCAUGCCGCCAUCAGUUGUUGCUGUGGGAUCUGCAGCUGAUAAGAAGGUGUGCACCUCCCCUGGAUGCAUCCACACAGCUUCUAAACUACUGCUGAACAUGGAUGAAAAGGUAGACCCGUGUGAUGACUUCUACGACUUCGCUUGUGGCUCCUUUGUGAAGAACACUCGCAUACCUGACGACAAGACCUCUGUGAACACCUUCUCGCUUAUCACUGAUCAGCUACAAGAACAGAUUCGUGCGCUACUGGACGAACCUAUCGUGGAGAAUGAGCCCAGACCAUUCGUUCUCGCUAAAACUCUGUACCAGGCCUGCAUGAACCGAACUGCCAUCGAGUCGCGAGGAAUACAGCCGCUGCUGGACAUGCUGAAGAGGCUCGGCGGCUGGCCGGUACUCGACGGCAACAACUGGGACGAAAAAUCCUUCACUUGGGAAAAAUCCGUGUACAACUUCAGAGCUGCUGGAUACUCCGUGGAUUACUUCCUUGACUUCUCCAUAAGCGUCGACGUCAAGAACUCUACCAAGCGCAUCAUCGAUCUGGACCAGGCGUCUCUAGGUCUGAGCAGGGAAUACCUGAACCGCGGAUUUAGCGACAAGCUCGUGCAGGCCUACUAUGAUUAUAUGGUGGACAUCGCAGUGUUGCUGGGAGCUGAGCGCCCUCGCGCUGAGACCGAGCUCAAGGAAUCCCUAAAAUUUGAAAUGAUGCUUGCGAAUAUAUCCUUGCCACUGGAAAAACGUCGUAAUGCCACUAGCCUGUACAACCCCAUGACCAUUGCUGAACUUUCUGAGAAGUUCCCAAAGAUCCCUUGGCUGGAAUAUAUCAACCGCCUGCUCGCUCCCCACGUGAAGGUUGGAGAAGACGAAGUUGCCAUCGUCAGCGUACCCAAAUACAUUUCUGAUUUAGAGCUCCUUCUGCAAUCGACGCCGAAACGUGUGCAGGCGAACUAUGUGAUGUGGCGAGUGGCUGGCGCGUCGGUAUCCUACCUGACUGACAACCUGCGUAGACGGCAACUGGCUUACGUGACCGCUCUCUCUGGAAAGACUGAAAGAGAGAGCCGGUGGAAGGAAUGUGCUGACACCACUAGCGUUAGUAUGUCGAUCGCUGUGGGUGCCCUUUACAUCAGGAAAUACUUCAACGAGAACUCUAAAGCCAAUGCUUUGGAAAUGGUGAACGACAUCAGGCAACAGUUCCGUAAGACCCUGAAUGAAGUUGAUUGGAUGGACGAGAAGACCCGUCAGGCUGCAUUGGAGAAAGCUGAUUCCAUGGCCUCGCAUAUUGCUUACCCCAGUGAGAUGUUGGAUAAUGACAAAUUGGCGAAAUUCUACGAUGGAUUGGAAAUGUCUUCGGACAAACUGAUGGAGUCCGUACUGAACUUGACACUGUUCGGUACCGAAUACUUGUUUGGCAAGCUCAGGGAACCAGUCAACAAGACCGACUGGGUGACCCAUGGCCGUCCCGCCAUCGUCAACGCAUUCUAUUCUUCCAUUGAAAACAGUAUUCAGUUCCCUGCCGGUAUCCUGCAAGGUGCGUUCUUCUCAGCCAAACGUCCCGCCUACAUGAACUACGGCGCCAUUGGCUUCGUCAUCGGUCAUGAGAUCACUCACGGUUUCGACGAUCAGGGUCGUCAAUUUGACAGGAAUGGUAACUUGGUUGACUGGUGGCAAGAGAUGACCAAGCAGAAGUAUUUGGAGAAAGCUAAGUGCAUCAUUGACCAGUACUCCAAUUACACCGUGUCUGAAGUCGGACUCAAGUUGAACGGAGUAAACACCCAAGGUGAGAAUAUUGCUGACAAUGGUGGAAUCAAAGAGGCUUACUACGCGUACCAGGCCUGGACCCAGCGACACGGAGACGAGGCUCGUCUACCCGGACUUGAGAAAUACACUCCCAAACAGCUGUUCUGGCUGAGUGCGGCCAACACCUGGUGCUCGGUAUACCGGAACGAAGCGAUCAAGCUGCGCAUCACGACCGGAUUCCAUGCACCCGGACGUUUCCGUGUCGUCGGCCCCUUCUCCAAUAUGGAGGAGUUCGCCCAGGAUUUCAAAUGCCCCGGCGGAUCACCGAUGAACCCCAUCAACAAAUGCAAAGUGUGGUAG